AUGGCAACCGCCACAAACCCAACAGGUUAUGGGCCCAGAAGGGGACUACUAUUUAACGGCGAUGAAAGUAAAUAUGAACUAUGGGAAGUAAAGUUUCUGGCGCAGAUGAGGCUACAAAAAUUACACGAUGUAUUUGUGCCAGGUGAUAAAGAACCCGAUGCGUCGAGGAACGGAGAUGCUUUCGCGGAGUUGGUACAAUGCCUAGACGACAGAAGUUUGGCGCUAGUUAUACGCGAAGCAAAAGACGACGGGCAGAGAGCAUUGGAGAUAUUGCGACAGCACUACCAAGGAAAGAGCAAGCCUCGAGUUAUCUCACUAUACACAGAACUGACGACGCUCAAGAAAACGGACAGUGAGAGUAUCGUUGAUUAUGUCAUACGGGCUGAAACGGCUGCGACAGCAUUGAAAAACGCAGAUGAAGCUGUAAGCGACGCGUUAUUGAUCGCGAUGGUGCUAAAAGGAUUACCAAGUAACUUUAAGACAUUCUCGGCGAUAGUUGUCCAACGAGACAAGCAAAUGACAUUUGCAAAGUUUAAAGUCGCACUGCGUAGCUACGAAGAGAGCGAGAAAAGUAGAAACGGUAACAGCGAGACGGGAGAAAAUAUUAUGGCCAUGAAGAACGGCGAGAGAUUUGACGGAGUUUGUUUCAAGUGCGGGAAGAAGGGACACAAAAAGUCUGAAUGUUGGUCGAAGUCGGGAAAGAACGGAAACGGGAAGUGGUGCAGUCGUUGUAGAAACAAAACGCAUGAUACGAAGGAAUGCCGAUCAAAUAUGGGGAGAAACGAUUCUGCGAAGAAAGCCGAAGAUCAAGGAAGAACGAAGACUGAGAACAGUGAACAUACGUUUACAUUUAAAGUCAGUGACAGUAGUGGCUGUGGUAAGAGUUAUAGUAACAAUCUUUUAGUAGAUACUGGCGCUACUAGCCAUAUUGUAAAUGAUAAAUCUAAAUUUAUAAGUUUUGAUGAAGAUUUUGACCCAAAUGCGCACAUUAUAGAGCUCGCAGAUGGCAGUAAGGCUAAGGUUGUGACAGGUAAGGGCGUUGCGAAGGUUAAGCUAUAUGACGUAAACGGAAGUUCUCAUGAUCUAAUUUUAAAUAAUGCGCUUUAUGUCCCAUCGUAUCAGCAGGAUAUCUUUUCAGUCAAUGCAGCAAUAGAAGAGGGCGCAAGCAUAAGCCUAGAUAAGCAUAACAAGAGGUUUAAGAGCUCGGAUGGUGCAGUUUUUAAUAUUGAACAGGUAGGUCGUUUAUAUUACCUAAACGGUAUUUCAUCUUCCAAGAAUAAUGCGGGUACAAUUUUAGAGUGGCAUAGAAUUCUAGGGCACUGUAAUUUUUCAGAUAUUCGUAAGCUUGAAAAUGUUGUAGAUGGAAUGAAGAUCACUAGUCAUAAGGAAGUGGAAUGUAAAACAUGCACACAAGGUAAGAUGACCCAGUCGAGAAAUAGGACACCUGAUAAGAAAGCCAAUGCCCCAUUUGAUUUAGUUCAUUCAGAUUUAGCUGGACCAAUUAGUCCAGGUGGUAAGGAUGGUUUCAAUUAUGCAUUGUCUUUUGUGGAUGAUUACUCUGGUGUUAUCAUGAUAUAUUUUUUAAAGCAUAAAUCUGAUACAGUCGAAGCUACUAAACAAUUUUUAGCAGAUAUUGCCCCUCUUGGGAAAGUGAAAUGUAUCAGAAGUGAUAAUGGUGGGGAAUUUAUUGGGCAAAAGUUUAAGUCUCUACUCCGAGAGAACACAAUUAAACAUGAAACGUGUGCCCCAUAUUCACCCCAUCAAAAUGGCACAGCAGAAAGAGCUUGGCUUAGCUUAUUUAAUAUGGCAAGGUGUUUGUUGUUAGAAGCCAAGUUACCCAAAAUGUUAUGGACAUAUGCUGUGAUGGCUUCAGCAUAUAUAAGGAAUAGGUGCUUCAAUGACAGAUUGGGCAAAACCCCAUAUGAAGCCUUAACUGGCAUAAAGCCAAAUCUGAAUAAUAUGCACGUAUUUGGUGCAGUAUGCUAUGCAUAUGUGCAAGGUUCUAAGAAGCUUGAACCUAGAAGUAAGGAGGGGAUUUUUGUAGGGUAUGACAAAAAUAGCCCUGCAUAUUUGGUGUACUAUCCAGAAAGCAUGAAAGUUGAACGAGUGAGAUGUGUUAAAUUUUUUGAUUCAACUGAAUUUGAUAACGAGAACCGUCAAAUUGACGAAGAGGUUGUCUCACUUCCCCGCAAUACUUCUUACGGUGAGCAACAAACUGGAGCUGAUGAGAAUAUUGAACCAGCUAUUCCACCAGUGGAGGGUGAAGUAAGUAGAGUAAGGUACCCUACCAGGACUCACAAUAAACCCGCUUACCUAAGUGAGUAUGUUGUAGAAAGUAUCACUGAUAGUAGCGCUAAUGUUGCACUAGAUUAUUGCUAUAGGAUGAAUGACAUGCCAGCGUGUUAUUCACAAGCAGUAAAUUCACCAGAUUCAGCUCGGUGGAAAAAGGCAAUGGAUGAAGAAUUUGACUCUCUGGUAAGUAAUGAAACAUUUACACUUACCAUGGUUCCACCCAACCGCGAGAUAGUAGGGGGAAAAUGGGUGUACACAAUUAAAUCAGGUCCUAACGACGAGGAGACAUAUAAGGCUAGGUACGUAGCGAAAGGCUAUUCCCAAGUCCCAGGUGUGGACUACCAUGAAACAUUUGCACCAACAGCUCGGUUGAGCUCAAUUCGAGUAUUAAUGCAACACGCGGUGCAAAACGAUAUGAUUGUCCAUCAGAUGGAUGUUAAGGCAGCAUAUCUAAAUGCCACCAUUGAUUGUGACAUCUUUGUUGAACAACCUAAGGGCUAUGAAAAAGUGGGGGGAAAUGGUAAGAAACUUGUUUGCAAACUCAACAAGUCUCUGUACGGUCUCAAACAGAGUGGUAGGAACUGGAAUGCAACACUUCAUAACUACUUGGUGAAGGAAGGGUUUAUGCAAUCCCAGGCUGACCCUUGUGUCUACCAUAGGUUUGUUGAUGGUGAUGCCAGUAAGUGCAUUAUCUUGAUUAUUUGGGUAGAUGAUUUACUUAUUUCUGCAAGUAACUCUGAUUUGUUACAAACGGUGAAGGGAAAUUUAAGUGAAAGGUUUAAGAUGAAGGAUUUAGGAGUCUUACAUUGGUUCUUAGGCACUGAGUUCAAAUGUUCUGAUGGUAUGAUAGAGAUGAACCAAACUCGCUAUAUUGAAAAGGUGUUAGAAAAAUUUGGAAUGAAUAAUUGUAAACCUAAGACAACCCCAUCUGUUCUUGGAUUUGACAAGGUUAUUGAUAUGGAAUCACCUGUCUUAGAGGAUCCCAACUCCUAUAGGCAGAUUGUUGGAAGCCUUAUUUAUGUCAUGACAGGUACAAGGCCAGAUUUGUGCCACAUUGUGACAAAGUUAUCUCAACAUAUGUCAAAACCUACGGCAGCAGCUUUAAAUGCAGCAAAGCAUGUUCUUAGGUACUUGAAAGGAACGUCUGUUUUAAGUUUAAAGUUCAGAAAAAUGAAACAACCUUUGGAGUUGAUAGGUUUUAGUAACUCUGAUUGGGGAGGUUGUGUUAGUGAUAGAAAGAGUAUUUCAGGUUAUUGUUUUCAACUGUCAGAAUCAGGACCUUUGGUGUCCUGGAAAAGUAAGAAACAGCAGACAGUUGCGCUGUCCACUUGUGAAGCCGAAUAUAUCGCACUGGCUGAAACUGUGCAAGAAGGUAAGUUUCUAAAGCAGUUGUGUAUUGAUUUAGGGAUAUUACAGGUAAGUAAUAAGGUGUUGAUUAAUGCUGAUAACCAAGGCGCGAUCAAGUUAGCAAAGAAUCCAGCAUUCCAUAAGCGGUCCAAGCAUAUUGACAUAAAAUACCAUUUUAUAAGGAGCGAAGCGCAGCAAGGCGCAAUAAGCUUAAGGUAUAUCGCAAGCGAGGAUAAUUUAGCGGACAUAUUCACAAAACCGGUAAGUAAAGUUAGGAUGGAUAAGUUCAAACAUUUUAUCUGUAAUUAGUUGUGAAGUAGGAGUAAAGUAGGCGAAGUUAGGACAUUGCGAGCAAGGGGGGGUGUUAAGUUGUGCUCUUAUGUAUUACGUCAUUUAUGUUAUUAAAGUAGAAACAAUUGUCAGUUGUAAUGUUAUUAGUAAUUGAUAUAUUAAGUUACAUAUAGAUCAAGAGCAAGAGACUCAUGACUAUAUUUGGUAAAUAUCUGACCAAUCACCGUAAAGCGUAACUUAUGUAAAUAGUGUAUAUUCAUUGUAAAAGCGUGAGUUGUAUUCUGUCUGUCGUGUAAAAUAAAGCUAUAAGAAACUUAUGUGCUCAAAUUGAAUAUAAUAAAGAAUGGCAACCGCCACAAACCCAACAGACUUUACUUU